GCCCUCAGAGCGGCGGCGGCGAUGUCCGAGCCGGAGCACCUGGGCGGGAAGCGGGCCGAGUCGGCGCGGCUGCGGCGGGCCGAGCAGCUGCGGCGCUGGAAGGGCUCCCUGACCGAGCAAGAACCGGUGGCGGCGGGGGGCGGCCGUGGCCGGCACCGCGGCACGGGGGGCUCCCGCGUCCGCUUCGAGGAGGGCGCCGUGUUCCUGGCCGCCUGCUCCAGCGGCGACACCGAGGAGGUGAAGAGGCUGCUGGGCCGCGGCGCCCGCAUCAACACCACCAAUGUGGACGGGCUGACAGCCCUGCACCAGGCCUGUAUUGAUGAGAACCUGGACAUGGUGAAGUUCCUGGUAGAAAAUGGAGCCAAUGUGAACCAGCAAGACAACGAGGGCUGGACCCCUCUUCAUGCAGUGGCAUCAUGUGGCUACCUGAACAUAGCAGAGUAUCUGAUCAGCCAUGGGGCCAACGUGGCUGCUGUGAACAGUGAGGGGGAGGUCCCGUCCGACAUCGCGGAGGAGGCGGCCAUGAAGGACCUGCUUCUGGAGCAAGUCAAGAAACAAGGUGUAGACCUAGAGCUGUCAAGGAAAGAAGAGGAGCAGCAAAUGCUCCAGGAUGCUCGGCAGUGGCUGAACAGUGGGAGAAUUGAGGAUAUAAAGCAGCCCCGGACAGGAGCCACAGCUCUUCAUGUUGCUGCAGCCAAGGGAUAUUCUGAAGUCAUGAGGCUCCUGAUCCAGGCUGGGUUUAAUUUGAACGUCCAGGACAAUGAUGGCUGGACUCCACUCCACGCUGCUGCUCACUGGGGAGUGAAGGAAGCGUGUUCCAUCCUGGCUGAGGCUCUGUGUGAUAUGGACAUCAGGAACAAGCUGGGCCAGACGCCCUUUGACGUUGCUGAUGAGGGACUUGUGGAGCAUUUAGAAAUGCUGCAGAAGAAGCAGACUGUGCUGCGAAGUGAGAAGGAGACCAGGAAUAAGCUGAUUGAAGCUGACAUGAAUGGGAAGCCUCAAAACAGACUCUUCACCAACAAAGAGAAGAUUCUUUAUGAGGAAGACACGUUGAAGUCCGUGGAAACUGAGGAAGAGAACAAGGACUCGAGCAGUUCUAGUUCUGAAGAGGAAGAAGCUGAAGAUGAAGUUUCAGAAUCGGAUGCUGAAAAGGAGUCAGAGAGAAAGGAAGAGCCCUUUGCCAACCACUCCAGCCGUGAAUCCAGGCCCAGCAUCACUGAGCAGAUGCCACCACCCGAGCCCAACUCCUUCACUGCAUCUGCCAGAAGAUUCAGUUGGCUCAGCAAGUCAGACGAGCAGAAGGAUGAGUCACCUUCGUCGUGGCGGCUGGGCCUGAGGAAGACUGGCAGCCACAACAUGUUGAGUGAAGUUGCUGCCACUCGUGAGGGACAGAGGGAUAAAACGUCUUCUAUCUAUCGCUCCUCGUCCAGCCCUCGGAUAUCUGCACUGUUGGACAACAAGGAAAAGGAUAGAGACAACAAGAGUUAUCUUGCCACCAUAGUGCCCAGAAGACUGAGCAGUAUGAGUGAUACAGAAGAAAAAGAAAACAGGGAAUCUGCUGUGAACCUGGUGCGGAGCGGCUCCUACACCCGGCAGCCCUGGAGGGACGAGCCAAAGGGAAACGAAGCUCCCCACUCUGGUGCACCCACUACCUAUGUAUCCACCUACUUGAAAAGUGCUUCAUUUGGUAGAAGUAGUGACCUGAGCAGUCCCUACAUUUCAGCCAGUUGCAGUCCAUCUCUAGCUACCUCACCCACUGCCAUUGGCUCAUCUACCUCCCCGGGCACCCCGUGGCAACCUGUCUCUUGCUGUCCCACAUCUCUCGGUGUGAACACUCCUGCUUCAGCCUGCCACAACACCAGAGCCCCUUUCAGGCAACAAACUGAUUCUGCUGUAGAGAAAAACACAGAGGGCAGCUGUGCCAGCACUCCUCUAGGUGUAAUCACAAACCAUGCUGUGCUCGGCGCUGCCAACGGCACCGGGAAUGCCGGGGCUGCCUCCGCCCCGGGGAAGGACCUCUCGGCUGAGGAGGCCAGGGAGCGCAGAAGGUCAUAUCUGACUCCAGUGCGGGAUGAGGAAGCAGAAUCACUGAGGAAGGCACGAUCCAGACAGGCCCGGCAGACUCGCAGGUCUACCCAGGGAGUGACCCUGACGGACCUGCAGGAGGCUGAGCGCACGUUCAGCCGGUCGCGGGCGGAGCGCCAGGCGCAGGAGCCGCAGGGCGACAGGGCCGAGGACAGCGGCGACAGGCCGGAGAGCCGCGCGCGGUGGGGACGGAGCGCCGACGACGAGACCGUCUAUCGGCGAUUGAGGGGCCCAGCGCAGCCCGACAAACCCACAACACCUGUGUCUCCUUCCACAGCAGCACCUCUGCUCUAUACAAGCUCAUACCUGACUCGAACAAAUAAAUAUCUAGGGCUGGACUCCAUGAAUCCAGCAGAUCUCAGAGCAGCAGGCACAGAGAUGGAGAAAAAUGAGUGUGAAGAUCAGGAUUCAGACGACAGAUCCCUGAACAAACAGUCGAUCCGAGAGCGACGACGGCCAAAAGAGAGACGGAGAGGCACCGGCAUCAUCUUCUCAACACAAGAUGAUGAAGAUGAAGUUGAUGGAAACGAGGAAGUGAAGGAAACACGUGUAAGUGAAACCAUCUAUCUGGAUCAUUGAUGUGUCACUCUUGGGUGCUGGUGGCAG